AUGGACACUCUAUCCACUGCACAGCCUGAGAAUAUCCCUCCAAACUAUGAAGAUCUCCCUCUAUUCACACCUCACUCUGCCAAGGCUUCUUGGCUCGCCUACGGCGACUGUGUCCUUUUCAUGCUAAUAGUAGCCGUUAUCGCGGGGCAGUUGAUACAACAGAAACGAGCCGAAAGACGUGGAGGAGAUGCUGCCCCGGCAGUGUCGCUCACUGGUAGCCACACGCGCAAGCUCUUCCUUAUCGGUUUAUGCCUAUCAAAUCUAGCCAGAGCAGUGAGCAUGAUCGUCGAUGCUGUCGUUCAUAAUGAGGUUAGAGAGCAUGUAUGGGAGCAUUCUGUCCAGGGCUGGACCAACUACUGCUUCAUGGUCUUCCCUUCUCUGCUCUUCCUCUCAACCUACAGCAUCGUUAUACUAUUCUGGGCUCAAUCACUUUCCUUCUCGAAGCGUGGCAUCAAUAUAGUCAGUAAGUUCUAG